AUGGUAGAUGAAGAAUUACAUUUUAAAACUGUUUUGAGGAGGAAGAAUGUUGCAAAAGCCAGAAUUUAUAGAAAGAGUGUUAUUGAUGACAAGAAAUCUAAGAGGUUGAAAACUGCUCUAAAAGAAAACGGUACAUUUGAUAAAAGACGCGACAAUGACUCAACAACUUUGAGGAUACCACUAUCAGAACUUUCGCCAAACAUACUAAAUGACGGUCGUGGUAUAGCCAAUGUUGAAGUAAGUCGUCAACUUCAUUCGUCCUUAAAGACUAAGCCAAGUACCAAUAAUAAUAUCAGAUCAAAAAGGAUAUCAAGCAGAAACAUUACCAAAUUAGGAGUUAACUUAUCUAAGAGGUUUGACAAUACAUUUGCUGCAACAACAUCAAACCAAGAUCCAAUACCAGAAUUGCAACUCAAUGAGCUUUUUGCAUCUGAUAGUGGAGACGAUAAUAUGAAUGAUGAAUCUGACGGUUACAUUUCAGCAACAAAUUCAAGUUUUGAUGAAGAUGAAAUGUCUAAUGGAACAGAUGAUAUGGAAACUUUUGAAAUUACAUCAGGGGAUCCUGUCAUUGAAUGUCAAUAUUGUGGUGCAAAUAUGUGGUAUUCGGAAAGGAAAAACAAAUGUCAUCAUGCGUCCAAUCCUAAAUUUUCCAUGUGUUGUGGAUCAGGAAAAGUUCAGUUACCUUUGUUAAAACCCGCUCCUAAAGUUCUACAACAUCUGUUGUUUGACAACGAAUCAUGUGAAUCAAAAAAUUUCCAACAACAAAUUCGAAUGUACAACGUUAUGUUUGCAUUUACAUCUCCCGGUGCGAAAGUGGACAAUCAAUUUAACAACGGUAGAUGCCCUCCCAAUUUUCGUAUCCAAGGUCAAUCAUGUCAUCGAAUAGGAAGCAUGUUACCGAUGCCAGGUCAAAAUCCACGAUUUGCACAACUAUAUGUUUAUGACACUGAGAAUGAAAUUGAAAACAGAAUGCAUGGAUUCAGGUCAAAAAGUGGAGUUGAUGUUAAUAUUGUGAGAAAACUAUCUGAAAUGUUAUAUGAACAUAAUGUUCAUGCACUAUCAUUUCGCAUGGCAAGGGACAGACUUUGUGAAGAAGGUGUUUCUGAUUUAAAACUUCGUUUAAUAUCUGAACGAAGAAAUGAUGGAAGGAUAUAUAAUCAACCAACUGUAUCCGAAGUAGCUGCUUUAAUUGUUGGAGAUGUCGACACUGCAGAAAAAAGAGACAUUAUAGUGCAAAAACAAUGUGGCGAACUUCAAAGGAUAGAUGAGUAUCAUACCAGUUAUUUAGGAUAUCAGUACCCAUUAUUAUUUCGAUAUGGUGAGGAUGGAUAUAGACCUAAUGUGAGGCACCGUGAUAAAGGGACAAAUAUUCGCCACUUCACAGACAUAACACAGUCAGAACAGAACAAUAAAGAUAUUCCUUGGGAAGAAGCAACAAAGCGAAAUCGACUUACAAUAAGAGAGUGGUUGGCCUUUAGAAUUCAAUCAAGAUCUAAUGAAGCACAAACAUUGUUGCGAUCAAGGAGACUUUAUCAACAAUUUUUGGUAGAUGGUUUUAGAAUGAUGGAAUCAGAAAGACUUAGGUGGCUUCGAAAGAAUCAGUCAAAACUGAGGGUUGGCAAGUAUCACAAUUUGAAUGAAUAUAAUUCAAAUGGAGAAACGCACGGGUCAAACACAGGUAAGAGGGUUGUGCUACCUUCUUCAUACGUUGGUAUUCGUAGAUAUAUGGAUCAACUAUACUUUGACGGAAUGGCAAUAUGCAGCUAUGUCGGAUUUCGAGAUCUUUUCAUUACAUUCACAUGUAACCCCAACUGGCCUGAAAUUCAGCGUUUGCUUGGUUCUGUUCAUCUAAAAGCAUCAGAUCGUCCUGACAUCAUUUCAAGAGUCUUUAAAAUGAAAUUUGAUGAGCUUUUGUCUGAUCUCACAAAGAAAAGUCUAUUGGGGAAAGUUCUUGCAUAUAUGUAUACAAUUGAGUUUCAAAAGAGAGGAUUACCACAUGCUCACAUCUUAAUUUUCCUCCAUCCAUCUAACAAAUAUCCAACUCCAAGUGAUAUUGAUCGCAUUAUUUCAGCUGAAAUACCUGACCAAGAUACCAAUGAAGAGUUGUAUAAUUUGGUUAAAACUCACAUGAUUCAUGGCCCGUGUGGAUUUGCAAAUCGAUCUUCACCGUGCAUGAAAGAUGGAAAAUGUUCUAAAUAUUUUCCAAAACAGUUUCAACCCGAAACAAUUGUUGAUCAAGAUGGGUUUCUGUAA